AUGUUUGAAUAUCGUCACCUUACAUGUUUCAAGUUAAAAUACCUAUUGUUUUUCGCACUUAUCAGUUGUUUUACUCUUGUUGUCUUCUUUUCUGUUAACAAACCUCCAAGUACCAUUCCACUGUUGAUAAUAGAAAAUAAAACAACUUCUACGUCUUCAACGGUUACUACUCGUCUCUCAUCCAAUGCUCCUACGCCUAGUUGUGAAUCCAUAGUAUCAGACAAUCGAUCUUUUUAUGAACGUGAAUAUCCUCAGUUAAAUUUACCUCAACGAAUAUCAAAUUCAUCAUAUCAAAAUAUUCUUCAUCAACUUCAUUCUCUUCGUUUAAUUGUCGUAUCAUGUGCUCGUAAUGUUGAAUCAAAUAUUAAAAAAUAUCGAACUCAUAUUGAACCAAUUAUUGAUCUCUUCCAUUCAUCAUCUCGCAUUCUUAUUUGUGAAAGUGAUUCAAAUGAUAAAACAGUUGAAAAACUUUAUGAAUGGUCUCGUGCACAAGUUUAUACAUAUGGUAAUAUGAUGAAAUCAUAUCCAGAACGUACUGAUCGUCUUGCUUUUUGUCGCAAUAAACUACUUAACAAAGCACAUGAUUUAAAAGCUGAUUAUAUUGUAGUUACCGAUUUGGAUAUAUUUUCUACAACAGUUUCUUCUUUUCUUUCUAAUUUUCGAUAUAACAUAGAUGAUUGGUCAGUAAUGACAGCAUCAGCAAGCAGUUCAUAUUAUGAUAUUUGGGCAUUACGUACAUUAUCUGAUUCAGUUAUGAACUAUGAUGUCUGGCAUCGGGUAUGGGAUUUAGGAAAAUCUGGUAAAAAAUAUUGUGGUGGUACACUUGUAGAUUUAAUUAUUGGUAUUCACCAAAAACAUAUGCCAAUUACAUAUGGUUUACUUGAAGUACGCUCAGCUUUUGGUGGUGCUGGAUUAUAUAAAGUAAAUUCAACAUACGGAUGCCAGUAUAAUGGAGAAAAAACUACUUGUGAACAUGUACCAUUUCAUUUAUGUAUACGAGAAAAAAAUCAAGGAAGAAUUUUUAUUAAUUCGGAAUUUCAAGUUCAUUAA